CUCGUGUGGCAAAUCAGUGCGGCAGACGGCAGUGCGUUUGUAUCUCGUAUGGCAAAUCAGUGUGGCAGACGGCAGUGCGUUUGUAUCUCGUAUGGCAAAUCAGUUUAGCAACACGUUUGUAUCUUGUAUGAGUUGUAUGGCAAUCGGCAAAUCAGUAUAGCCACCACUCUUCGGCGUGAAUGGAUGCUUUAAAUCUUCGUGUCACCGUUCACGGUUCUACAAUCUACGGAAAUUUAAUGCCGUUUGCGGAUUAUUACUUAUUAGUUCGCGGAAAUUUAUCGACAGUCCGGUCAAAAUGCAAUUUGGACACUCCUGUAACGCACACUAAAGUUCUCGUUUCCUCUUUAUUCGUUUGACGUUUCCAAACGUUUUAUAUUACCACCCCGCCGACAGAACGACCAUGCGAAUAGCCACAAACAAUAAGAGCGACAGCAGCUGCACCAUAGUCGGUGUACGUUUCGUCAACCCAAAACACACUGUAAACCGGCUACUCCACUCACCCACUCACCCACCGGCAAACACAAUAUUAUUAUCCAUUCGGCGACAAAUGUUUCGUGUUGGAGAAUCCCACGAUUCAGUUACCUAAAAUUAUUUUAUUCCGUAAUGUUGUUUACCUAAUUUAUCUACCCUGCCGACCGAUUCUCAGAAUUAUUCCUUUAUCUGUAUUGUUCUGUUCUUUCGUUUCCACUCUCCUCGUCCCCAACGCUCGUGGUCCCGACGCUCACCACAGCACCACAGUCGUCCGUCACUAUACACACCACUACUCGAGUCAGCCCGUUUAUUUCAUGCGCAGCGACUGUACCUGCCGGACGUCCGUCACCAGCUUCUCGUUUGUCUCGUCCGACUCCGCACACCACCAUCGCUCACCAAACGCCUAGUUGAACGACAACUGUCUUGUUUUGGAGACAUCGCCGUCUGCCCAACCGCCUUUCGUGAAAAAAAAAAAAACCGUGACACGCGGUACGCAUUAUUACGCUUCAUAGAAACGCCACUAUGUCUGUUGAUCCGAAAACCGUUGUCCCAGAGAACGUUCCCGCUCAAUCUCUUCACGACGACUCCACUACUUGCCCUAUGGAGACGCCCAAUGACGCCGCCUGCCCUACGCAGUUGCCCGACGACGACGAUGUAAUCUAUUGCCCACCGUUGCCGGAUGACGAAACCCCAAGCAUAGCAUCGGAUGUCACCUUCGAAAUCAUCCAUGGCUAUGACGGAGACAGAGACAGAGACACGGAAUCUUUAUCGUCUUUUGAAGGCGACGGUAUGGCAACAAUAAAGCAAGAAAAAAUAUCGCCCACGCCUGAAAAACGGCACUUAAUAACGGAACCAGAUUUCCCGGCGAAAAAAGUCAAGUCGACGAUACCCAAUAUGGAAGUCGAUGCCGAUCGCAAACCGACAACACCCGACAACGAUGAUGCCGAUCGCAAACCGACAACAACCGACAACGACGAUGCCGAUCGCAAACCGACAACACCCGACAACGAAGAUGCCGAUCGCAAACCGACAACACCUGACAACGAUGAUGCCGAUCGCAAACCGACAACAUCCGACAACGAUGAUGCCGAUCGCAAACCGACAACAUCCGACAACGAUGAUGCCGAUUGCAAACCGUCAACAUCCGGCAACGAUGAUGCCGAUUGCAAACCGUCAACAUCCGACGAUAAAAACGAUAAAGCCGUUGCAGCCGAUCAAAACGAUAGUGAUGAUGAAGAUGUAUCAAUUAAAGAGGAAAUUGUUGAUUUGGGAAAUGAACCAUAUUUUUAUGAGGAACAAGUUGAAGAACGUUUUUUAAUUCCUCAACGCCCUGGAGUGUUUGGUUUUGAUCGUGGACUUGAACCAGAUCACAUUGUUGGAGCGACUGAAAAGGAUGGCAAACUGAUGUUUUUGAUUGCAUGGAAAAAUUCAGUUGAUGGAGAAGCUGAUCUGUUGGAAUCAACCGAGAUUUAUAAUAGAUGUCCUCAAAUAGCUAUUAAGUUUUUUGAAGACCGCCUCAUUUACAUUCCACCCGAAAAAAAAUGAAAUUCAUUUGUAACUCUUACAAAUGAACAAAUAACACUAAUAAAACACCUUUCUGAUAAGUACAAAAUAUAAAAUUACAAAAUUAAA